ACAAUUGAUUGUACCUAGUCAGCUGUUUUGCUAAAAUUCAUAACUUGUAUAAAUAAAUAUUUAAACAGAAAAAUAUAUUUAUAUAUUUAGGAACUAUGUGUCAUUUCAAACACUAAAAUUCUACUUUUAAUUAUUAUGGAUUUAUUUUUAAAUUACUAAUUGAACAAUACUUAUAACUUAUUCAACUGGUAAGCGGUGUAUACUCUGAAAAAGCGGCUUUGCCGACUGCAAACGAAUGUCAACGCAAAAUAAAAUAGCACAAAAACAAAAUUUGUAAAUUACAUAUAUGAAUUGCAUUUCUUUGGCGAAAAUAUAAUUUAUGUACAGAAAUAAUAAAUUAUAAACUACAAAAACGAAUAAAUUGUAUAAAGUAUACAUAUUAAAUUAUAAGAAUGAUGGAGGACGAAUUGGUACCCCGCUUACCAGUUGACAGCGAAAUAAUUGACUUUCAGAAUUGGCACAUAAGCUACCUCAAAUCACAUAUACUUAAAAGUAUCUGCAAAAAGGGUCAAGAUAGCAAUUGCAUACAACAUGAAGAUGACUGCUGUGAGUUAUGUACUUAUCGCUAUGCACUUGAACUGCCACACCUGCCCGAUAUGGUGUUCCACAAAAAUAAGUUGUCACUAAAACACAAAGAUGGCGCUCUUUUAGAAUUUCUGCCGAUGGACUCAUUACGCUUGGUUGAAAAUGGAAAACAGCCACUGCAAGUUGCCUGCGCUCAAGAGUGGAAAGAGAGCAGACCUGAUUGUCAUAUGGAAGAAAAGUUUAAACCGUUCGAUUGGACUUUUACUACCGACUACCAAGGUACCUUGAAUGAAAAAUUUCGAGUAGAAAAUUCCGAUAUGUCACUGAAUAAAUUCAAGCUGAUGCAGCGCGAGAAAAUACUAUUUUAUCAUGAUCUCACCUUGUUUGAAGACGAACUGCAUGACAAUGGGAUUUCAUCAUGUUCAGUGAAAAUUCGCGUUAUGCCGUCGGGUUUCUUUAUAUUACUUAGACAUUUCCUACGCGUCGAUAACGUGCUCCUCAAAAUUCACGAUACGCGAUUUCAUUACGAGAUCGAAAAUAAUUAUAUAUUUAAGGAGUAUACGAAGCGUGAAGCCACAUACAGUGAGCUGAAAAAUGUUAGUGCUCAAAUCAAUAUAUUUAAAAUAUGUACAAACACUAAUUAUAUUGUUUUGCAGGUACCACCGCCAUUUUUCACAGUACCCAAUGAAAUUGAGAACUACCUACCGAUUAAGGAAAAGAAAGCUUAUAAAUUGUAUUUCAAAUAAAGAGUUUAAAAUCUAAAAAUACUAUUAUAAGCAAUUUUAAAAAUAAAGAUACAAAACCACCCAGUUUAAAAGAA